GACGAACCGAUCAUGGCUGGCCUGUUUCAUCUCCCGUUUUUCUACCGUUAUCUUUAUCCUUAAACCUUUCUUUCUCCGUCAUCCUCCUUCUGACAAGACACAACCCCCAUCACCAAGCUUCAUCUGACUUUCUCAUCCAUAUCAGUCAUCAUGCCUGGAAUUCCUCUGCACGCCCUUGACAACUUCAAGGCCAAGCUCAAGGCUGCCUUCAAGAAGAAGGAGAACAAGCAAGAAGCCAAACCCGCCGAGCAGAAACCCACCGAGACCACGCCCGCAGACGCUACACCUGCCACUACAGAGCCUACCAAGACCGAGGCCGCUCCUCCUGCGCCAGCCACUGCGCCCGCACCAGCUGCCCCUGCGGCCGAACCUGCCAAGCCCGAGACAGAGGUCAAGCCUGAAGCUCCUGCGCCUACUACCGAGCCCGCAAAGACAGAGGAGGCUGCUCCUGCUCCUGCUACUGAACCCGCCAAGCCCGAGGCAGCUCCGGCCACCGAACUUCCCGCUCCCGUUCCCGAGCCUGCCAAGACGGAACCCGCCCCGGCUGUUGAACUGCCAGCUGCUCCGGCCGCUCCAACUGCCCCCGUUGUCGAGCUACCUGCUGCCCCAGCUGCCGCUCCCGCUCCCGCUGACACCACUCCUGCUGCUCCUACAGCCCCUACUGAGCUCCCUGCUGAGGCUCCUAAGGAAGAGGAGAAGAAGGAUACCCCUGCUGCUCCCGCUCCUGCCCCUGUUGCCUCUGCUUAAGCGAAAGACGAAUGCUUCCUUCUAGAAGAUUGCCUAUUUCAAAGAAAGAUGAUGCCUUGUGAUUUAAGUAGAUUGCGCGUUCGUGUUUUUAGUUGUUGCCGUUGAGGCGUGUUUGUUUCAGUUACUUUGACAUGGCAGGUUCACCCUGGCCGUGUGUGUCACCUUUUCUCCUAGCAGUUGGCUGGAUACCCAGAGAGAAAAGUGUUGCGAUGCUCUGUUUCAAAUCUAUACCCGCUUUUCAUAUCUAAUGCAGAAAGACUAUCUAUAUCAUGCUCUUCAUAAUCCCGUGACACGCGUCUAGUAUAUUUGCUCGAAAUGACUAAUGCGCCUCGUUCUCAAGAAUCUCUAGCCCAUGGCGCUUUCGUGACAGUGAUUUGUGCGUCUGUAGAUCCUGUACCAGAUGUGUUUCUGGGUGGCC